GUCGCAGUUGCAGUCGCAGCCGCGGUCGCAGUUGUAGUCACUAGCAGCGAGCUAGGCACAUUCAGCGCCGAUCCCAAACAAAGCGUCAGAGCGGCCCAGAGCCCCAAAGACAUCGAAACGGAGUGCGGACAAAGCGGGAAGUUCGUGUUUGCUGGGCCCGCUGCCAUUGGUUCACGGUCUGCGGAAGGCGGUGCAGAGCGACGGCCAGAUGACUGACGGCUGUUAGCCGUAAUUCGCUAAUUUCCCGCAAAGAAAAUCGCCUUUGAACCCGGCCUGAGAAGUCGUGCGCGCUUUUUUCGAAAGCCAAAAUCGCAAUAUACAACGCUCGACUAAGUGCGCAAUUUGUGUGACAACCGAAAAAUAAGUGAAACGCAUAAACGAAUGGCCACAGAUACUGGGCGUGAAAAGCAGAAACAAAUGUACUGUCACAAAAACCAGUGCCAAGUGUCGAUGGAUUGGCUCGAACCCACGCGAUAAGAACGCGGCUGAAAUACAUAGCUCACAUUAAAAUAUCAGAAUAGCCACAGAAGUCAUGCACACAUUUAAGAGGGGGUUUUUUUGCUCCGAUCUGAGCAUCCGGUAUCCCUACAAGGACUGCACGAUCACUGUGCCGAUGCUGCUGCUCAUGAUGCUCCUGCUUCCAAUGCUCUUCGUUGCCGUGGUGGAGAUCAUGCGGAUCUGCAAGCGCUUCCGCACCAGGCUCUACUUCCGCAAUCUGUGGCGCGCGGAGGCCACCUUCAGCUUCGGCUUUAUAGCCACCUACCUAACAACCGAGCUGGCAAAGCACGCUGUCGGGCGGCUGAGGCCACACUUCUUCCAAGGUUGCCAGCCGCGCCUCGAUGAUGGCAGCACCUGCUCGGACCCCCAGAACGCUGAGCUUUUCGUGGAGCAGUUCCACUGCUCCAACCACAACCUCUCCACGCGACAAAUCCGCGAGCUGCACGUCAGCUUCCCAAGUGCCCACAGCAGCCUUAGUUUCUAUUCGAUGGUCCUGCUGGCCCUCUACGUACACGGGGUGUGGCGGGGACGAGGCGGAGUGCGAGUCCUGCGGCACGUCCUGCAGUUCGUGCUCCUCAUGGCUGCCCUCUGCGUUUCCCUGAGCCGCGUGGCCGACUACUGGCACCACUGGUCGGACGUCCUGGCCGGCGGCCUUCUUGGAGUGACCUAUGCCGCCAUCACAGCAGCCUACGUAGGUGACCUGUUGCGGUUUCGGACCAGCACCACCGCCAGAAUCCCGCCCUCCUUGAACUAUAGCCACCACCUGCACCACCAACUAAUGGCGGACAACAAUAACUCGACGGCCUCGGCUAAGGUCCACUUUUUGGGAGCAGCUGCCUCUGCUUCAAUGACCACCACUACGCCACUGGAGGACAUCCAGGACUCGGAUGUAGAGGACUCCAGGGACUCCGAGGAAUCGCACGACUCUCAGGACUCGCAGGAUUCGCACGCAGAGGAUGAGGACGACAACAAAGAGGUGUACAAGCCGCAAAUGUCGCGCCAUGCCACACCGGUCGCCGAUCUGACCCACGUCGUCUGAGACACUAAGCUGGAAAUGUGGCGUAUGGGAAAUAAUCAGGCUUAUCGCCUGGCGGCUGCUAUUUCGACUAUUUUUCCAUUUAGAAAUCGAAACAAACAGAAAUAUGUGAUAAGCGCGCGGCGCACAUUUUACCUGAUAUGCCACUGUCCACCCCCACACUCCUCUGGCGAUUUUCGAAAUCCAAAGCGAUCGAUCGGUUGUGCAACUCCGCUGCCAAUCCCGGAAAUCGAUACGGCCUUCGACGGCUGGUUGCUCGAUGGUGAUCAUGAGAAUUUUGGCUAUGCGCUAGUAUCUCGCCAAAAGAAUCUGCCGCUGAUAUUGCAAGGCCGGAUUGAGCCGCAGUAUCUCGGCGAAGCUACUGGCUCUGCGCUAGCCACUUGGUUGUUUGUAAACAAUACCCCACUCACGUCGCAGUCGUCGCUGCUGCUUUUGAUGUGGCCAGCCCGCCAACAUGGAGCUCCAGCUCCAGGCCCCAAUCAGCUGCGACAAUCUCUGGCAGCGACGCCGACUGCUGCGCUUUGCGGCUGAUAGUGCAUAAAAAUAAUAAAUAAUAAUAAAUGCCGCGCUUAUGGCUGCACAGACUCGGGAAACCUUCGCUUGCGAGGCUGGAGGCGAGGAGCGGGAUUUAUGAACAAAUCAAUUAUGUUGAGUUUAAUUUUGUUAUUUGUUUUAUGUUAAUUAUGUUUGGCUACCGACAGAUUUUAAGGCUUACUCUAAGUGUUUGCUCUACAGGCUGAAUAAAUGUUUAUUGCCCAAGUGA